CAAUCCGAGUUACUGUUAUCGCGAAUGAAAUGAGUCGUGUUGGACUGAGACGAGCGGCGUGGUUUCUAUGCCAUAUCAACGCGCGAAGAGAAAUCGGUGAACGAAGAAUCAGGGGGGAAUGAAAGGAGGCGCGAAACGAGUGGAAAGCUUAAAGUUCUCGCGUUAUCGGCGCACGUCUAAGCAACUGAUAAAAGUCCGUAUUCCUACGGAUAGAUAACGCGAAAUGGUCCGUAUAAAGAGUCACAUAGAUAGAGACAGAUAAAGCACGGUCCACGGAACAGGUGAAUGUUACAAGACAGACCAACGCCCGGCCUUCUUCGUAGCUUUCACAGUGUCGCGUAUUCGCACCGAUACGUAUCGUUUAUUUUCUCCGCGAACAUCUUCACCGUGUAUUACCGGCAUUUUUCUCCGUCUUACCGUUCACGUCUCUUCCUCCUUUCCGUCAAACGAGCGAACGUUGCUGACGUUAUCGCGACGAAGCUUCGUGUCGUUCGUCGUACGUCGUUCGUCGCUCGUCGUUCGUCGAUGCUUUAUUCUCGAUCCUCGAUCCUCUACACGCGUGCCUCGAUUCUCCAUUCUAGAUCAUCGUUUCCAUCGUUGUUCACGUUGUCGUCGUUGGUCAAACCGCGAAAGUGUUUCUCCAUAUCGUUGCACCGCGAAAACAGCGACUGGUUGUGCACUGUCCGCUGCCGCUACCAACAGUUGGCUUCUUCUCUUUCCGAUCGGUCUUUAUUUUUCUUGACUCAUCCGCCUCCGUUCCCUUCGGCCACUCGCGCUCCAUUCGUUCCACUCUUCGAUCCUCUUACCGAUCUCUAUCUAUCUUUCUUAUUCUCUUCUCCACCGGUUUCUCGCUAUCUCUUUAUUUUCUCAGCCACCGCAAAUACGAUCUCGACCGAACGAUCUCCGCGCCGCCGAUACUGUGCCGGAAAGGAGAACGAAUAUUUCAUGGAGACGGAUCGUUAUUGGGGCGUGCACUACAGCGGCGGCAUGGCCGGGCAGCACUACUGCCUGCGCUGGAAUAACUAUCAGUCGAACAUGACGUCCGUUUUCCACCAACUACUUCAGACGGAAGCUUUCGUCGAUGUUACCUUAGCAUGCAACGAAGCUUCUUUAAAGGCACACAAGGUGGUACUAUCGGCGUGCAGUUCCUACUUUCAAAAGCUUCUACUUUCAAAUCCCUGCAAACAUCCGACAAUCAUUAUGCCCCAAGAUGUGUGCUUCAAUGAUCUCAAGUUCAUUAUAGAAUUCGUCUAUAGAGGAGAGAUCGACGUUUCGCAAGCGGAACUUCAGUCACUGUUAAAAACAGCCGAUCAGCUAAAGAUCAAAGGACUGUGCGAGGUACCUGAAAGCAGAGACGGGCCACCAUCGGUAAGUCUGAGUUCGCCGCCAAGAGAACCCGGUACUCCUAGAAUAAAUUUCACCAAGUUGAAGAGGCAUCAUCCAAGGUAUAAGAGGCCCAGAACCACGUUCGAGCCUCGCGCUACGGAUUCGAGGCAUUACGAUCGAUACAAAGAAGAGGAAUCGAACGAAAACUACGAUUGGGAGAACAAAGAGAAUCACAUAGACUGGCAACCCGAAGAUGAGGAGUGCACGGAGGCAACCGCGGGAGCAGUAGUCUUGGAAACUUGCCAACGCAGCAGUAACAAUAGUACCACUACUGGCACCACCAAUAAUAACAAUAACAACAACAACAACAACAACAACAACAAUAAUAACAACGCUAGCAGCAACGGCAACGGUAACAAUACGAGCAACAACAAUAACAACGGUGACAUGUUUUGUCAUACAGGCCUCGGUCAUUACGGUCAUCAUCCGGAUCCCGGAGAGGUUGACCUACCUCCAGAAACUCAACCUACACCACCAAGUGCCACAUUGGUCGGUACUACGAUUACACAUUUAAGGGACUCGGAUCAUCAUUCCACAGAGAUCCAAAAUUGUGACAGUGUAAAGAUCAAGUUUGAAACAUUGCACACGAUGGAUUCGUCGGACACGAUCGAUAUCGAUAGCCACAUGUCGGAUCGAGCGAGCGUCAGUUCAAAGAACGCGGCCGAUAGCGACAACAUGAUGAUGAUCACACCGGAGUUGCUUGGAUUAAUGCCUUCUGGAAGUUCGGUUCACUCGGAUUCCGGUGAAAAUAACUCAAGGGGUCACCCCGGACAAUCCAGCUCUCACCAUCAUGGUUCGAAAUCGUGGACGCAAGAGGAUAUGGAUGCCGCUUUGGAAGCCUUACGAAAUCACGAUAUGAGCCUUACGAAAGCCUCCGCAACGUUCGGUAUACCCUCGACGACUUUAUGGCAAAGAGCACAUCGACUGGGCAUCGACACUCCAAAAAAAGACGGACCUACUAAGUCGUGGAGUGACGAGAGUUUAAACAGCGCGUUAGAAGCGUUACGGACUGGAACGAUAUCGGCGAACAAAGCUUCAAAGGCGUUUGGUAUACCGUCGAGUACCUUGUACAAAAUCGCGAGAAGAGAAGGUAUCAGGCUGGCUGCGCCAUUCAACGCGAGUCCCACGACGUGGUCGCCCGCCGAUCUAGAUCGCGCUCUCGAAGCGAUACGUUCUGGUCAAACGUCAGUACAGAGAGCUUCCACGGAAUUCGGUAUACCGACGGGAACAUUAUAUGGUCGAUGCAAAAGAGAAGGCAUUGAACUCAGUAGGAGUAAUCCUACACCGUGGAGCGAGGAUGCUAUGACCGAAGCUCUAGAAGCUGUCAGGUUAGGCCAUAUGAGCAUCAACCAAGCGGCUAUUCACUACAACUUGCCCUACUCUUCCUUAUACGGUCGCUUCAAAAGAGGAAAAUACGAAGAACCAGCGGUGGGUGAAAUAUCGCAAGACGGUAGCAGUCCUCACUUUCAUCAAAGUCCGAGUCAAAAUCAUUCGUCCGCUGUACCCGAUCAAAUGCCGUACCAAGGCAGCUGAAACUUGCCUCUUUAUUAGAUUUGUUUCAGUUUAUUUCAAAUUUUUCAAUUUCUUGCUGCGAUUUUGCAAUUUAUACUCGACGUAUCGUUCUUUGAACGAGAGCAAACGACAAACGAUAACGAGAGUCACCGACCAAAAACGCGUUUUAUUGUGUGAGAACGAUUGACGAACGAAUUUAAAGCCGGGAGCAGAAAUUUGUGACAUCACGACAACAGUACAACAGUACGGUGACAACCGAAGGGUCGAAAUGUGACUAAAAUAUUAGAUACGAGACAUGAUCAUCUCUCGAGAAAGAAUGGCCGUGAAGGGUUUGCAGUAUUACAGAUGGAUUGUCGUAAGCAAAUAUUAUGUAUAUUGUAUGACUGUUAUGUCGAAUCGGAAACGUAGAUUAAUUAUAAUUUAUAAGAAUUAUUUAUAAAAAAGAAAAAGUGCUGUACAGUCGGGAUAAUACCGAUGAACCUACCGUAGUGUGUAAGUUGCCGAUGCGAUGGGCCAAUAGAAGACAUUCAAGAGAAGAUACAAAACAUUCUAAGAACUAAUGUCUUUUAUGUUAGCAAUUUUGAUGAAAAAUUCUCUGUUAGCUCGAUCUUCAUUUUCUUUUCUUUAUUGGUCGGCUACAUUAUUUUUAUAACUUUGUUAAAUAAACUUUUUACAAAAUUAUUCACUACUUACUACGCGAUCAAACACUAUAUAUAAAAGCAAUAAAAAGAUUUUGUUGAAAAACUAAAAUAGAUUCAAAGUAAAAUAUAAACAGGUGCGUCGUUGCAUUUCAAAUCGUUCUAAGAUUCAAUUAUUUUCUUACGUCUCACCAACAAUUUGUUCGCUGAGACGAUGAAAUAUUGUAUACGUGUUUCUAAUGGUUUUCUUCGCAUUUAUAUUUACAUUGCAAAGUUUCAAAUUUCAACUCUACGUAUACAACUCUAUUUACAUCAGGAGGAAGUAAAAAUAUUUUCGAUAUCUUUUCAAAGAUACGGAAUCAACAGAACUGAAGAAAAAAUUGCGUGGAAAUUUCAGCAGAUCGAUUUCUGAGAACAAAGAUACUUUUUACGUUCGAAUAAACUGCCACAUGCAAGGAAUAUAUUACAUCCAUUACUCAUGCUCACGACUAUUAUAUGAAAACAUAUAUUACUUAUAAAUAUAAAUAAAUAAAUAUAUAUAUAUAUAU